AUGUUCAAAGCUCACGCAUGGAUCCAGUUGAACGGCGUGAAAGAGGUCAGGGUCAUCAGUGGAACAACCGCCUUUGAAGAGGCGAAGCUCAAGGAGCCUCCACGCCCGUUUGCCACCAGAUCCCUUAUCCUGUACCUGGCCUGCUUGGUCGGCUUCCUUUGCUCGACGGCGAACGGAUACGAUGGAUCCCUGAUGAACUCGUUCCUGGAGACGCCCGAGUUCCUGGAAUUUUUCAAGAUCGAGAACAAGGGUAUCUGGUCAGGCAUCGUUGCAAACAUGUACACCAUUGGCGGUGUUGUUGCUCUUCCAUUUGUUGGUCCAUCGCUCGAUCAGUUCGGCCGUCGUGCUGGAAUGUCCAUCGGUGCUUGUUUGAUCAUCGCAGGGACCAUCAUUCAGGGCACCACUUCGCAUGAUGCGAGCCGCGCACAGUUCAUGGGCGGUCGUUUCAUACUCGGCUUCGGCGUCAGCUUCAUGACGGCUGGUGGGCCGAUCCUGGUCCUUGAGAUAUCGCAUCCUGCGUAUCGUGGAGUGAUGACGGCUUGGUAUAACACAUUCUGGUUCACAGGGUCCAUUCUGGCCAGCGGCGCGGCUCGUGGUACUGUCGGGUUGCACAGCAACAACUCGUGGCUCGUCAUAACAUGGCUGCAGCUUCUGUUCGCGGGCAUCGUUUUUGUCUUUGUAUGGACAUUGCCCGAAUCUCCUCGCUGGCUGUACACCCGCGGGAAGCGUGACAAGUGUCGGGAAAUGUUGACAUACUGGCAUGGCCACGACAACGCGAACAGCGUGUGGGUGCAGCUGCAACUGCAAGAGUAUGAGGAGUACCUGGAGAUGGACGGUUCUGACAAGCGCUGGUGGGACUAUCGUUCUCUGUUCCGGGACAAGCCCUCAGUCUAUCGCCUGUCUUGCAACCUGAUUAUUGUCGUGUUCGGACAAUGGGCGGGCAACGCUGUUCUGUCGUACUACCUGGGUAGUGCUCUCGACACGGCGGGCUACCAUGAUGAGAUUGAACAGAAGAACAUCAACCUGAUCCUGAACUGUGUGCAAUUCGUCACAGCUCUGGCCGGAGCGAGGACGGUGGAGCUUUUUGGACGUCGGCCGCUGCUGCUAUCUGCGAACAUUGGGUGUGCCAUCUGCUGGGUUUGCAUCACCGCAUCGACGGCAACACUGGCAAAAGAUGGAAGCAACUCAUCAGCGGGUACGGCGGCCAUUGCCUUUAUUUUCAUGUUCAACAUCAUCUACGCAUUCGGCUUCACACCGCUCCAGAUGCUGGUGCCGGUUGAGGUGCUCUCGUUCGAGAUGCGCGCAAAGGGCAUGGCUUUCUCGGCAUUCGUCAUGAAUUUGGCGAUUCUCUUGAACAAUUACGCAUGGCCGGUAUCCAUGAAGAACAUUGGGUGGAGGACGUACAUCAUCUUUGCGGUGUGGGAUGUUUUCCAGGCUGCAGUCAUCUACUUGGUCAUUCCCGAGACGAAGAAACGCACGCUCGAGGAGCUGGACGAUAUAUUCCACGCUUCCAACCCCGUCAAAGCGUCGUUGGAGAAGAAGAGGAUUGCUGUCAACGCGCAGCGGCAGGUGCUUGAGGUUGAGAAAACAUGA